AUUUUGUUAUGACUGAAACUAUAUAAGGUACAUUUAUCUAAAUUAAAAGCAAAGUAAAGUGUAAUAUGUAUAUGGUGGCAAUUGAUACACUGGAUGUACAAAAGUAAUUCUGUGAUUCCUCGUGACGUCACAUUAUAAAACAUGUCUUCAGUUGUUGAAAAAUCUAGUGACAUGGAAGUAUCUUUAACAUAUGCCAGCUACGAACGGCACACGGAAGCAUCUUUUUUACUUUCAGGGAAUAAAUCGAAUAACUUUUUGUCAAAUGCAACACUUUCAAAGGAGAGUACUGACUCAGAGAGAGUUGACCGAAAUGGAGGGAAAAUGCUCGCGCCAAGAUCACGUGCUGUAAUAGUAAUGGCGGCUUGCUUGUAUAUAAACCUUUCUUGUUUUGGAAUGGUGCCGGCACUAGGAGUUGUUUACGUUGAGCUAAUAUCAGCCUUACAGUGUCUACGUUCGGAGGCGGCACUUGUUCAGGGCUUGUGUAUGGGGCUGUCAUUAGGUGGUGGGAUUCUAUUCACAACAAUUGUCACAAAGUAUGAUACCGGCGCAUGCGUAAUGGCAGCUUCCGUCGUCGCUGGUGUUGCUAUGGCUUGUGGGAGUCUGGCACGUGACAUCGGCACAGUUAUAGCCCUUGUUGGAGUUGUCAUGGGUACAUUUACGAGUGUAAAUGUACUCAGUACAUCAAUAGUUAUCAAUUGGACGUUCACUGACAACAGAAAAUUUGCUCUUGGCAUUCUGACAAUUGGCGCUACAAUCGGACAGACGGCAAUGCCAUACAUUGCUGAUGCUUUAAUUGAAGCGUAUUCGUGGAAUGGAUGUUUAUUUAUUUUGAGUGCUAUAACAUAUUUAAACUGCAUUCCUUGCGGGCUUAUUAUUCACUAUUCUAAACGGUAUUUUCAAAAAGGAAGUGAAACCGGCGGUGCCAAAGGCGAUACGACGUCUGUUGUGAGCUUUUUGACUGACAGUGCCUUUAUGGUUUACAUUGUAGCAUCAUUUAUAUUUAUAACAUUUGGCCCGGUUGAACAGUGGUUCGUUGUGGACGUAGCUGUCCUUAAGGGCUUUGGGGUUCAGUCAGGCGCAACUUUGCUCUCUCUAAACGGAAUAUUUGGAUUUGCAGGAAGAAUUAUUUCUACCGUGAUUUUGAAAUUUUAUCCAAAGACUCGACCAGAAUUACAUAUUUGUUAUGGGUUUUUACUUUGGGCUGUAGCCCACUUUGGCGUUAUUGCUUCGCCAGUAUACUGGGGAAUGUUCUUGGCGAUGAUACUCCGAGGUCUCACGACUAGUAUAGUAAUAGUAUUUUUGCCGUCUUUGCAGCUGGAGCUUCGCGGACCAGAAAGCUUUCCAAGGACAGUUGCUAUAUCAUAUAUGAUAAUGGGUGUGGGGGAUGUAAUUGGGGGGUAUCUGGGCGGUUACAGCGUUGAUGUAACAGGGUCGUACAAUCUAAUAUUCUACAUAGCUACAGUGGGGUCUGUAUAUUGCGGAAUAAGUAUGCUUAUCAUUUUUGUGAUAUUCAAAAGAAGAAAUCGUCGUUCCAACCAGUAUCAACAACUACCAUCGUGAUGAUCAAUUUCUAUUUCGCUGGCCCAGUUCAUGCUUUAGCUGUGUAGCUACACAUAUUUGUAAAUUUGCAGGCAUAGCAGGGCAUUAUCCGGUAUAAGGUAUACAGCUACUAAAAAGCGAAAUGGCUCUAGGCUGAACACCACUAAAUCCAGCUGUUCUGUAUUUCAUAUAAAAUCCACUCACUUCAUAACGGUGUUUCGACAUUUUCUAGCAUAUC